AUGUCAGCGGAAGUGGAAACCGGUCUGCGAGAUGACCAAUAUUAACAUAGAUGUAUAUCAAUGAAUAUUUAAACCAAACUGACAUGGAUUAAGCUGCAUGUCCCGAAGUGUAGAGCAACAUUGAGUCUCUGAUAGCACCGCCGCCAAAUGUGGGUGAACCUGGGGCAUUUCAGUCCCCCUGCAGUGGACGCACGGUGUACAUUUACAUCCCUGAACAGAGAGAGGACGAACACAGAGAAGCAAGCAUGAGAAGACUUCCUGUCCUGCUCGCCCUCAUCUGGGUCUGCUCAGUGUUUUAUGUGGGCAUCUUCCUGUUUGUGGGAGGCUUCCUUCUCGUCAGGCUGGAGGUUAACCGAACCAGUACCUGUGCGGACGUCUUGUCUCCAGGAGCCCGGAUGAAGGGGGAUUUCUGCCUGAGCGAGCCUCGCUUUCGUAGGGCAGUGGUCCUGAUCAUCGACGCCCUGAAGGCUGACUUCACCCGCUAUGAUCCGGAGAACACAGCACCCAAACCGUUUGAGAACAAGCUGCCGGUGUUAGAUGAGAUGGCAUCAUCACACCCUUCACAUGCCAGACUCUACACCUUCCGGGCCGAUCCGCCCACCACUACCAUGCAGAGGAUCAAAGGCUUUACGACUGGCUCCCUGCCCACAUUCAUUGACGUGGGGAACAACUUUGCAUCCAAUGCCAUCCUGGAAGACAAUCUAGUGCACCAGCUGGGCCAAGUGGGCAAGAGAGUUGUUUUUAUGGGGGAUGAUACAUGGGUGAGUCUCUUCCCCAAGAAGUUCCACAAAUCUCUGCCCUUCCCCUCCUUCAAUGUGAAGGACUUGCACACCGUGGACAAUGGCAUUCUCCAAAACAUUUAUCCUACCAUGGAGGGGGAUGAUUGGGAUGUGUUGAUUGCUCACUUCCUGGGUGUUGAUCACUGUGGGCACCGAUUUGGCCCGGAUCACCCUGCGAUGGCUGAGAAACUCUCCCAGAUGGAUGGAGUUAUCAGGUCAGUGAUAAAGCGUCUGAAGAAUGACACCCUGUUGGUUGUGAUGGGUGAUCAUGGAAUGACAGACACUGGAGAUCAUGGUGGAGAGAGCCAGAAAGAAACAGAUGCUGCCCUGUUUCUCUACAGUUCCUCUCCCUUAUUUUCAGCACCAGGAUCCCAGGUGGAACCUGAGGUAGUACCUCAGACUGAUCUGGUGCCCACCCUGGCACUUCUGCUGGGAGUUCCCAUUCCCUAUAGCAGUGUGGGCCAGGUCCUUCUGCCACUGUUUCCUCAGAAUGGCUCCCGAGGUGCACCUACAGGACUAAGCCAGGCUGAGGCGCUGUGGAUUAACGUCAAACAGGUACACCGCUUCUUGGAGACCUACUCUAACAUGGCCAAAGACAUCCCACCUGACAGUCUGUCUCAGCUGCAGGCUGACUUCUCAAACAUUUCCUCCCAGUACUUAGCUGCUGCCCAAAAGGGCCAUCUUCCCUCUCCCAAGCUAGUUGUCUCCAUGCAGAACUAUCUGACAGCUGUCAGAGAGACUUGUAGAGCCUCCUGGGCCCGUUUCAACCCUUUCAAGAUGGCAGCUGGGCUCUUAAUCUUAGGGGUUUCCUGUAUGCUGUGCUAUGUCCUUUCCGAGUUGUCUCAUAUAGUAAUUCAGGAAAACAUCCUGAAGUUGCCUAUACUCUCAGGGCUGGUGAUGGGACUAGUAGUAGCUGCAGGUCAGCUGUUCAUGCAAGGUUAUUUGGAGCUCUCAUGGUGUUUGGGAGUUGCAGCACUUUCUUCUGAGGUUUUGUUUCUAUGGAGAACUCAUGGAGUUUCUCCAAAAGAUAGGUGGUCUCCUUCUGGCCUCCUCACGCCAGCCCUGCUUAUUCUUUUCCUUCGUUGUGCCUCGCUACUCUCGGACAGUUAUGUUAUCUAUGAGGGCCAUGUUGUUACCUUUUUGCUCUUCACGUUGAGCGUAUAUGUUCCUCUCCGUCUCAACUGGGAUGGACUCCUGGUCCCACUUCCUCCACCAGACACCCAGAAGCCACCUCGGCUGCUCCCAACAGCACUGCCGUCCUCAGUGAUUAGACGGGAGGCCACCAUCUUGCUGGUGUGGUUGGGAGUUCUGGUUGGAUCGCUUUACCUAUCCCUCUCCUUCCACAACUGCCGCGAGGAGCAGGGCUCCUGCCAGCCCUCACCUUUCCUCUCCCCGCUCUCACGUAUACAGGACAGCCAACUGCGCAACCUCCACUAUGUCCUCUCUGUGGUUUCAUUGGCCAUGUGGGGGUACCUUCUACACCGUUGGCUCAGACACUACGGGAACCUUAACUGUUCCAGCCUUACUUUGUUUCUGGCCUGCUUCCUUGUGCCACUGGCCUGUGUUUGCAUGGGGUUGCAUUGGGCAGUGAGCGCUACUCCACAGGACACCUUCCGGAGUUUGUCCGAACUAAUCGGCCUAGCCCAGGUGUAUCUGCCGCGGGCCACUUUCUGCCUGCUGGGGCUGGGAUUGCUCCUGUUGUGGGUGGAUCCCAUGACUGUGUUCCUCAAGUCAAGGACUCCGUUGAACUCUCGAGGAACAUCCCUCCCACUCCCCAAGUACCGAGCCAGCACGGGAAUCAGUCCACAGGCUGAAUUGCACCACCUUAUACCACAACUGUAUCAGCGUAUCCGACACUCGCUGGAGGAUGGUGUCACAGGAGGUAGCGAAGAGGACAGCAGGCCAGCCGUGGAGGCUUACGGGCUGGGUACAGUGUACUCGGCACCCUUGGUCUUGCUGUGCGAACUUCUGGGGUUGGUGCUUCUGCUACUCCAUCCAGAGGGAAUGGCCCUUUCCUUCCUGCUUCUCCUGCUGGAGGCCGGAGCUGUGCUGCACAUCCACGCCUGUAGCACCACCCUCUCCAGCCUGUACAAACACUCCAAUGGUUUCACUGUGCCAUGGGUUCCAGUGGUUUCAUGGUCUCUGGCGGCCACACAGUUUUUCCACGCUACAGGACACCUCCCAACCUUCCCCUCCAUACAGUGGGGUGCUGCAUUUGUGGGUUUUCCUCAGGGUCACACAGGCACUGUGGUUCCUGCCUUAUUGGUGACCCUCAACACUUUCUCCUCUCACAUCAUCUUUGCGGUUGGCUGUCCUCUACUGCUGUUCUGGCCUCUGGUGUGCGAGGUGCGUGGGACCCGAUCUACAUGCUCAGCAGGAGCAGAGGAGAGUGAGGAUGCUGUCAUGGAGAUGAGACUAAGAGAGAACCCUCAGAAGUUCAGCUCUGGUCUCCUGCAGCUCGCUGCACGCUACCUCUUUGUGAAUGGAGCACAGGUUUUUGCUUCGGUUUGUGCGGCUGCUAUCCUCAGGAGACACCUCAUGGUGUGGAAAGUGUUUGCACCGAAACUGAUGUUUGAGGCGUCUGCCUUCAUCGUGGGCAGCGUGUUUGUUAUUCUGGGGGUUGCCGUGGUGAUGAGGGUGGACGUGUCAGUGGGUGGUCUGUUUAAGAAACUCCUCCAUCAGAACUCCAGGUAGCACUUGUCACCCAAAAAACCUCAUCUAGAACUUUUCAGAGAUGUUGAAGACACCUGGUCAACCUCCUCAGCUCCACUGCCAACUAUACAGAUGAAAACCAGAUCUUUUUCGCAUCUGACUUUGGAACAAAGAGGUCUAAAGCAUCUCUUCAUUUAUGAACACGUGAGAGAAGUCAAUAAACCGAAGCUAUUUUAGAAGACUGCUACAGUCAUUAUGCUUUCAAUAAGCUAUUGAACUGUUGACAGGCAUUGGUUGCUUUACUGCCUUUGUAUUGAAAGAGACAGAGAGAGAUGAUCUUUGUGCAUGCUUUUUUUACUGCCAUGCCCAGAAGGUCAUUUAAGAGAAUAUUAGAAGUUAUUUUAUUGAAGGGCUACAUGAAAUCCACAGUGUUGCAAUGCGAACUCAUUAAAAACCCCACUGACCAAAAGAUUUAAAGGGCUAGUUCAACUGAAAUGUAUAAUCUGUCAUCAUUUACACCCUCAUGUCGUGAUCUCACUGACCAAGCUGCUUCAUACAAUUAUGGUGGAUUGUAACCAGUGAAAAUUGUGAAGAGCGCAGCAUUCUGCAACAGCGCUCGCUUUGUGUUUUAUGGAAGCAAGUCAUGCAGGAUUGGUAGUGUAAAUGACAGAAUUAUUUAUUGUAUUUCGGUUGAACUGUCUCUUUAAAAGCCAUGCUUGAGAGCAUCAUUCAUUCAGCAGUGGACUGAACUAUUCAUUAUAUAUUUUUUUCUUUUUAUUGUCCUGCUUCUUAAUGUUUAAUUUUUUUUAUGUAUAUAAAAAGCUCAUUGUUAAUGGGUGUCCUGUCUAUUCCCUAGCAAUAACAAGCAUCAGGGUUUAUCCAAUAACAAGUUGUGUUCUGCACCUUUUUUUUUUUGGCUAGGUAAAUUCUUCACCUAGAUAUCAGGUCACUAGUUUUAACGGUUGCCUUGUUUGAUAUUAGUGAAUGAAAUCUGCGUUCAUUCAAUUUGCAAUGACUGUUAUUUAUUUAGCUGUCAUAUAUUUAGUUCACUAAUGGAUUAAAUGAUUUUACUCAUCUCAUUUUUUUUGUGAGAAAUGCAUGGGGAAGAUUAUUACAUGAUCAUAUGCUCAGGUUAAUUUAGCCAGAAUGCAAUAGAAUAUUCUGCUCUGCAUGGUGCAUUUUGUGUGUGUGUGUGUGAGAGGCUGGUUUUUGUAUUUAAUUUUUUAAAGCAAAAUACAGUCAAGCCAUACAGUGGCUUUUAAUAACAUCUUAAUGUGGGGUUGAUGAUUGAAUUAGAGCUGUGAAAGAAAUCAUUUUAAUUGUCUAAAUUUUGUUUAAAUUCAUUGAUAAAGGGGGAAAAAUCAAUUAAAUAUUUUGUACAAUUUGAAAUGUUUUUUUGUGUGUGUGCUUUCUAGUUUCUUUGUGUUUGCAGGACCAGCUGCUGUCCUGCAGAGUGCGCUGUUUUAUCUAUAAACACCCUAUGAAAUCUGAUUCCUUCUGCGGUCAGUAAGGGUAAAUUCAUUACGAAGUGCCCUGUCAUAGGUCGUUCUCUUUGCAUAAGUGCACAUUAAGCUCAGGAAUGACCAACAAGCUGAAUUUCUUUCAAUGUGAUUUCUGUUCAAUUAUUAAGUUAUUAUGUGACAUUUUCUCUUUAAAACAAUAUUAUAUAAAACUUUUAUUAUA